AUUUACAUGUUUAAGGUCUAGGCAACUCUGGGCAGAACCAGUGCUGUUUUGGUAGUUGGUAACCCUUACAAUUUCGUUUCGAAAAAGAGUUCAAAGGAUAACGUACAUUUCAUUGGAUACCGAUGGCAUCGUCACCACCGAACCUGUUUUCCCCUUCCAACAAACAAGAAUGUCAAGCGGCCAUAAGAAAGCUCAGUCGAGAAAAAGUAAUCUCUCUUGAUGCUGAAGGUGUUCAUCUUGGUAAAGACGGACCUCUUACACUAUUGCAAAUUGGCACAUUGGAUGGAUCAGUCUACUUGUUUGACGUCAUGAUAAACGAAAAUGAACAGGACAAAAUGUUUUUCACGGAAACGGGGCUUAACACCAUUUUAACGUCAACACGAAUCGUAAAAGUAAUCCAGUCUUGUUCAGGUGACAGUGCAGCUCUAUACCAUCAGUUUGGUAUCAGAUUGGAAAAUGUUUUCGAUACACAGGUAGCACAUCUUGUGAUUGAAGAAGACAAAGGAAAAAAACUUCCAAAAAGGGAGAAACUUGUGGAUAUUUGCAAGUUGUAUUCCAAAAAUGCCGAGGUCUACGAAGGCAAAGAAGAUGUAAAGUUGGAAUGGAGCAAAAUUGCAGGAAAUUACUGGGCAAAGAGACCAAUGACAAAAGAGAUGAUAGACUAUGCAAGUGGUGAUGUAACUGCUCUUAUUCCAGAAGUUUAUGAAACACAAAACAGGUAUUUGGAAAACAAUGGUUGUCUUGAUUUAUUUGCGGAGAGGGUUCAAGAAGAAAUUGAACUCGAUAUAGAUCCUCUCGCUAAGGAACGCCGUAAAGAGAGAACUAUUAAAAUCAAAAUGGCAAUACUUGACGAAAUGGCAGAAAAGUACAGCAGACAAACAGAUUUUGCAUCCAUUACGGAUGAAGAUGAGAUCAAGGCACUAAAUGAUACCAGUGUUGAGGAGAUGUCGGGCCUCCCUAGUGUAAUACAAGACUUAAAGCGGCAGUCGAUGGCAAGUUUUCUGAAGUCCAUUGAAGAAAAACUCGAGACACCUGAAACCUUUAAUCCAGAUCGUGGUGUGACGUACAAACUGAACGACAUUGAACACUGUGGUUCUGAGCAGCUGCAGAAAGAGGCAACUCGUAUCAAGCAAGAAGUGAUCAAGGUCAUAACUGGUGAUGUACAAACGAAGUAUAAUCCCGACACACCCCUUGAAAAUAUAUCUUCCCUGGAAUAUCAGAUAAUCAGAGGACUGAAACCACUUUCUGGUGAUUCACCACGUUACCAGCCAACUGUAAUUGCCCUGCACUGGAAAAUUGCAGGAAAAGAACUUACAGACGCUAUUGAUAAACUAAAUGCCGAUCCAAAUUACAACAUGACGAUACCGAUUUCUAAAUUGAGAUUUUUCACAAAUAAUCCUGAUGUUCCAAGAAAUACAAAAAGAUUAGCACAAGCAUUGCUGGAAAAACAAGAAUCUACCAUAUUGCAGAGAAUUCCAAAUAAAUAUACAAGAAAUACUAAAAUAGAAGAGCUGACGGAUUCCGAAAGGAUGGUUGUAGGAGGACUGAGACUCUCGUCAGGCAAUUACAAUCCGGUCGUAGUGGCUUUGCACUGGAAGAUUGGAUUACAGAAGUUAGAUAAGGAUCUAGAAGAUUAUCGAGCCGGAAAUCUACGUGUGAACGAUGGACUGAGAAGGAAGCUAGACUUCUACAUGAAGAAUAGAGCAGUUCCGAGUGAUAUAAAGCUGAGAGCUAAGGAAUUUCUCCAAGCUUUGCCACAGUCAAACAGGGGCGGUGGAAGGAGGUACUGAACGUCAAGCUAUACACGUAUAAUGUCUUCAGUUUUACAGAGUGAUGUUUCUGGAUAAUUUUGCGAUUAUGUUCAUGAAGCAAAAGUCUUAUAAAUGACCUUAUUAUAUAUUCUUAACUGUUGUAAAAUAAUUCUAUAACGUGACGAAUAUUGCCUUUGCUCUUUUACUUUUGUUUCAUAUUUACAUGUAUGUCUGUGAUAUAUUAGGUCUUUUUUUGCCCGGAUUCCCCCUGCUAUAGUGGUUUGAUGUCUUGGCUACGUUUUCUGUAGCAAAUAAAGGUCUGCAUGGGAGAAACCCAGACCCACUUCUUCUCUGCAAAUUCCAUCUUCUAUUGCAGUAAUUAAUGAAACUACUGUAUUUAUCAAAAUGUCUAUGUCCAGACCUUUUUCUUACAUUUCAUUUCUUACCCCCUUAAUAUGUUGUAAUUGAUAUCAACGGUUUUUAACGAAAAAGUUUCAGUUCGUUUACUGACACAAG